AUGGCUCUAACAUCGCCCCCCCGCGGUGUUCACCCCGGGGAUCUUCUUCUGGUCGUUCACGAUUUUGAUGCGCGGGGUUCGGAUGAGCUUACCUUGCGACGUGGUGAGAAAAUCGAGCUCGUAGAGCUGGACGAUGGAUUCGGCGACGGAUGGUAUCUAGGAAAGGAAUUAAAAACAGGAACAAUCGGACUCUUCCCUGGAGUCUAUACAACAACGGCCCCCAAGAUCCCAGUGCGCCCACUGAGGGACUUACCAGGAUCUGAUCCUUCUAAGCCCGACGGCGAGAAGGCCACCGCUGCUCCAGAGAAUCUCACACCGGAUGCGACCGGUCCAUUCAGGUCGCCAAAGAGCGGCGAAUCAACCCCUCACGUUUCUCGACACACCAGCUUAUCGGACAUGCGCCUGCCGGAAAUGGACAGUGAGUCGGGGGCUCCAAGUCCCAACCCCUCCCCCUCCCAGCCGCAGAGGUCCAGCUCGUCUCCAUUACCUACAUCCAAACUCGCUAUCGAUCUCCAUCAGUCCAUCCGACAGUCCAUUGAUGGCCAACUGAAUGGCCAAACUAAAGACAGUCCCGUCAUGAACGAGACACUCAGCGUGAUCGAUGAACAUAUCACCGACUUGAGUACUCCACGCCAUAGUUUGGCCGCCACGCAAGAACCUAAGCCGAUCAACGACUCCGCUAGUGAAUACAGCAGCACAUUCGAUCACCGGAUGUCUUACAUCAAUGGACAGGAGACGGAUGAGGAGGAAGAGUGCCAGCCGACCGAGGCGGAAGUGCGCCAUUGGAAUCACGUCGACACGGCCAAACACUUACAUGAGAUGGGGGUCGAAGGCAAACACUGCGACAUCUUCGAGGAGCAGGAGAUUAGUGGUGAUGUCCUGCUGGAUAUGAACCAGGAUUUUAUCUUUAUGAAGGAGUUUGACUUUGGUGUGAUGGGCCGGCGGCUGAAGACCUGGCAUAAGAUCAAAGCGUUUCAGGAGGAGGUCAAGGGAACGGAUAUGACCCGGCCUCGAAAGACAUCUCGCGGCUCUGCCUCUGGCUUCGACACUUCCGAAGAGCGCACCCUCAGUCGUGUGGGCCACACCGGCCCGCUUCUUCCCCGGAUUCCCAACCUGAGAAGUUCGGCCGGAUCCACGCAGCACCCCCGACUUAUUAGCAGCAGCAACAACAGCUCCCCGUUGACCCCACAGACCCCGGGGUCGUGGAUGGAUCACUCUCGGCGGCCGUCCGCCGCAUCGGUGCGCGAGAUUAACCAGUCGCGGCGCCAUUCCUCGAUUGAUGCUACGAAUCACUACUCGACUGCCGGUGACUCCUCGCCCCAGUUUGGGCACCAGACAAAGCCCUCGCUGGACCGGGCAUGGACCAUGUCUGGCGUGUCCCAACGACGCCCUGGAACUGCCCUGGGUACGUCGUCCAACGACUCGGUUCUUCAGCAGCAUGUAUUCCGUGGCCCCGAGUCGAACGCAUCGGAUCCCGUCGUCGCGGUUACCGACGAGCUGGAUCGAGGCUAUUUCUCCGGACCGGAGGGCGACCCUCGGAAAAGCAAACGCGUCCUGCAGAAACGGCAUUCGAUCCGGAGUGGCAGCUUCAAUGCCGGGCUAACCGGUCUCGCAGAUGGAUCGAACAUCCUGAACGUCCGGAAGCGCCACUCACGCAUUGGCAGUGCCGAUUCUAUUCGGGACGGUGACCUACGGGCGCCCGACGCGAUAAAUACGUAUAUUACUACGGCGGCUCCGCCGACUCCCCCGAAGGGCCGUAUCAGAAGCCUUAGCACCCGCCUAUCAUCAGAUCGCCAUAAGCAGCAAUUACGCAAUCACUCGUCCGAGGAGAAGUCCACCUCUGGGCCCGGCUUCUUUUCAUCCCUCGUGCCACUCGUUGGCCGACAAGACUCCGACCCUUCCUCUCGGUCGACUCCCGUGGCCCAGCAACUCAAAAAUGCAGCUCCUAAGUUUCGACGGGCAGUGACUGGUCUCCGUGCCAUGUCCGACGUGGUCGGGAAAGGUACUGACACGUCUGUGCCUCCAGCAUCGCCGGUCCGGGACACGGACCCAUCCUCGGUGCGAACGGGGUCAACGACACCGUCGACGUCCAAGAGCUCGGAGCGGCAUAGCACCGAUUUGUCGGGCAAGGCCAAUGAAGGUGGCAUUUCACUGCCCCGUACCCGAACGGUGAAGGCGGCCAUUAAAUCCAAGAAGGACACGAGUGCGUACACACGGGGUCUGGAGAAAAAGACCCCACAGGAGCAGAUGGAGGGCUGUGAUUUCUCAGGGUGGAUGAAGAAGCGAUCUUCAAACCUCAUGACCACGUGGAAGCCCCGUCUGUUUGUUCUGCGUGGCCGUCGACUGUCCUAUUAUUAUUCGGAGAACGACACUGAGGAGCGCGGUCUGAUCGACAUCACCGCUCACCGAGUACUCCGGGCGGACAAUGAUCCCAUCAUUGCUCUACAUGCGACCAUCACUGGGGCCACGGUUUCACCCACCUCGCCGUCGAAUGCCAGCGCCACUGAUCUAGCGUCGUCCGAUAAAGCGUCCGCUUCUGAGUCCUCCCUGCGCGGAUCGAAGAGUAGUGGGGAUGGGCCGUUCUUCUUUAAACUGGUCCCUCCCAAGACGGGUGUGUCGCGGACGGUGCAAUUUACCAAGCCCGCCAUUCACUAUUUCCAGGUGGCCAGUAUCAAAGAAGGCCGCUUGUGGAUGGCUGCGUUGAUGAAAGCGACCAUUGAGCGGAACCUGGGGCUGCCGGUGGAAACCACGAAUAAACAACACACUAUCAGCCUCAAGGAGGCUCGGUUGAUGAACCAGCGACCUCCAGAGAUUAUGCCUGCCAACUCGGUGGGAGAAGAGGGAGAUGAGCCACCAACCACGACCGAGGAAGUGAGCGAGCCCGUCGUGAAAGGUCUCGGGCUCGAACAGGAUCCUGCCCCGGAGGACAACGACACAGCAAAGAGAUCAUCGAAUCCUCUAGAUGGUGUCGAUGCUGGUCCGUCUUCUCUGCUCCCAGAGUCGCCUAUGAAAUCCGGAUGA